AUGUUUCCUGUGCGACUCGUCGCCCGCAGCUGGCCCACCCACGCCCGCGCCUUCGCGGCGACUGCCGUCCAAAGAGGCCCCAAGCCGCUGCCGCCUCGCCCCGCCAUUGACGACAAGGACAUCACCGAGGCCUUCCUCAAGGGCAGCGGCCCGGGUGGUCAGAAGAUUGUGAGUCGCCGCCGCGAGCUAGGGCCCAAGUCUGACCGCUUGCAGAACAAAACCUCGUCGGCUGUCCAGCUGAAGCACCUGCCCACCGGCAUCGUCAUCAAAUACCAGGGCACCCGCUCGCGCUCCCAAAAUCGCAAGGUCGCCCGCCGCAUGCUGCAAGAACGGCUGGAGGAGCUGGAGAAAGGUGACCAGAGCAGGUCUGCCAUGAAACGCGCCGCUCAGUCCAAGAAGAAGGCUAGCAGCGCAAAGAAGUCUAGGCGGAAGUACAGGGCUUUAGAGGAGGCAAAGAAGGCUGCUACUGCUGACGGAGAGGAGGCAGACGAAGCCGAAGACGAAGAGUGGGAAGACGCCGAGGAGGAGGUGGAAGAGGAGGGUGAGCAAUCGCCCAGACACAAGGCUGCGGAGCAAGAUCUGAAAGAUGAUGCACGGGAUGAAGCCAAUAAGCCUUGA